AUGGCGGUGAAGAAUUUCAUGGCGAAGGCAUGGAACUUUGUGACCUUACCGGACAUGUAUUAUCAUGAGGAGGGAUAUUUCCUGUUGCGUUUCAAGAACCAUUAUUACAUGGAUGCGGUGAUGAUGAAGGGACCGUGUACCAUAAGGAAAAUUCCAAUGAUUCUCAAGGAAUGGCGCCCUGACUACAAUGUGAAGGAGGAUAUGCUUAGGACUUUGCCUAUCUGGGUCACGCUCCCAAAAUUUCCUUUGCAUCUUUGGGGGCCCCGAAGCUUAAACAAGAUUGGUAGCAUGAUUGGUAUUCCUCUAGUCACAGACGAGUGUAGGGCACACAAGCUUCGUGUCUCCUACGCUAGAAUUCUGGUGGAAGUUGAUAUUACUAGAAAACUAAUUCAUGAGAUCACCAUCAAGGAUUUGGAAGGAAGGAAGAUACGACAACCAAUUGAGUACGAGUGGCGACCAAAAUUUUGUGAGAAGUGUCAGAAGGGUGCUAGGGGCUUUGAAAGACCCCCUAGUUACCAUAGGAAGUGUAACAUGAUUAUCUCUUGGAAUGUUAGGGGGCUCAAUAAGAGUGGCAAGCUUAGGGAGAUUAGCUCCCGUAUCCUAGAGCUUAAGCCCGGCAUUUGCAUCUUAAUUGAGACCAGAGUAAAGAAUAAUAAAGCUAUCAAUGUGAGAAAUAAACUUAACUUGCCUGGCAAGUACAUUGAUGAUUAUCCGAACCAUACAAAUGGUAGGAUUUGGAUUGUUUGGAAUGAUGAGAAUAUGGAUAGUAGAUUCAUUCAUAGCAGCAGUCAGCACAUUCAUUGUGGGGUCUAUAACACAAAAGACAAUUUUAAGUAUUGGCGCACUACAGUGUAUGCUCAUAACCAACUAGACUUGAGAAGAACUUUAUGGAAUACCAUUGUGACCUUGCAUCAUACAGGACCCUGGUAUGUUAUUGAAGAUUACAACAAUGUUCUUACUGCACAGGAUCGUAUUGGUGGGAACUUGGUUCGUGAGGCUGAGUAUGAGGACUUACAUAAUAUGAUGGAAAACACUGGAUUGGGAGAGAUGGACAGUAUUGGGGAUUUCUUCACUUGGACUAACAAACAAAGUAGUAAUCCCAUAUACUCCAAAUUAGAUAGAAUUCUAGCAAAUGUUGAGUGGUUCCAUAGACAUAGUGAGGCUACCUUGCAUAUCCUCCCCCCUAAUGUAUCAGACCAUGCUCCUAAGCAAAUGAUUACUGGUAAAAUGUUCAAAUUCAAUAACCACCUAACUGAGAUGGAUGGUUAUGAGGAAACUGUGAGGAAUAGAUGGAACGAACCUGCCAGGGGUAGGCCUAUGAAUGUUUUGUGGCAUAAAUUGCAAAGACUUAAGUAUGCUUUGAGAUCCCUGCAGAGAAAGGAUAAUGACAUUAGACUGAAUCUUGCUAGAAGUAGAAGUGAUCUUCAGGAAGCUCAAGCCAGCCUUAUGCAGAACUUGAUGGAUACUAACAAUAUUAAGAGGGUUAAAAAGCUGACAGAAGAAGUUCUUAAAUGGAACUUAAUGGAGGAAAAAACCCUUUUGCAGAGAACAAAAAUUGACUGGCUCAAAUCUGGUGAUGGGAACAAUACUUUUUUCUAUGCUUACCUUAAAACAUAA